CAUUUCAACUGAGAAUCUUGGUAAGAAAUCAAAAGGCAGACGAAUAAGAUAUGAAUAGACUCUUUGACAAGUCGUUGAGAAUUUUUGUUUUAUUAAUAAUAAUAGUCUUGAUGGCAGUGUCUUCUCUUCAUAUUCUAUAUAUUAAAAAAUUUGCUGAAGAAUCGAAAGUAUGGACUACUCGUUCGAGUAUUCUAUGCAAAGAGCCAAUUAAGUAUCUUCCAAAUAGAAUUCAUAAUAGCGGAACAGUUUGGUCUGAGAGUGAAGGUGCAUUCUUUUACUCGGCAUAUUACGAUUUUAGGUUCAAUUAUGUAGCCGUAAUUUCAAUUAUUCCAAAUGAUGUAACAACGUUCUAUUGUCUAUUAUGGUUCAAAACUGAGAGAAGUGUAUGGAUUGUUCCGGUCUCGCCUAAAAUAGUGCCAGAUACUCAUAAAAAGAAAUAUUAUGUGUCGAUAUACCAAUGCGAAAAUCCAUUUAACAAUUCUCUACCCUACGCAGUUACAAUGACCAGAAAACCGUGUACAACGGAUUUCAAUGCAACUAUUAAGAUUGUUUAUAACAAAAUAACAUAUCCGCAGGAAAGGCAUUGGUGUUUAUCACCGUUAUUUAGAUUGGGUUCAAACGAUCUCUCAGAAUCAUUAGCAUUGCAUCGAACGAUUGGUAUAGAUAGAGCAACAAUUUUUGUUAUGAGUGAUGUAUUAAAGAGAAAGUUUGAUAAAGUACCCUGGGUCACAGCAAUAAAAUGGUCUUUACCAGUACGGGAUAUACACUAUUAUGCUCAAUGUGCUGCUAUGAAUGAUUGCUUAUAUAGAAAUAUGUUUACUUCAAAAUAUAUGGUUUUUACAGAUUUGGACGAAAUUUUUAUGCCUCGUCGUUUAAUUAAUAACGUUGGGAAUCCUCUUUCGAGAUCUUUAUGGAAAGAUCUGGACGUAAUUCAAGAAAAAUAUAAUAAUACUUUAGCAACAUUUUAUGCUCAGAGUGCCCUAUUUCCUACUCCGUUUUAUUUUAAAGGGGCCGCUUCUUUAAAGAUAACAAAACGAUUUGUAAAACGUCAAGAUACUAGAAAAAAGUACAUUAUAGUACCAGAUAGAAUUGAUUUCAUUGGAAUACAUUAUACUUUUCCAAUUAAAAAUUACCAUUAUCUCUAUUUACAAGAAAACGUGGCAGUUCUACACCAUUAUAGAAGAUGUAGAAGACCGGAAACAGAAUGUUUGGGAUAUACAACAGCAGUUCAUGAGAUGGUAGAAGAUAAAUUUAUAUUACAAUUAAAAAAUCAUUUAAAUAACUUAAUCAAUAAAUAUAGAAAUGUUUUGAAAUUGUAGGAAAUUAAUUUUUUCAGAUAUUCGUUUGAAUGUUCAAAAAAUACUGCGUUUUUUUUAUUUUAUUAAUUUAUUUUUAGUAUUCAUUAGUAUUGAAUUAUACAUAAUUUAUAAUAAUAAAUAUUGUAUUACAGUUCAAAAUUAUUAGCUUCUCUUUGUGAAGAAAACAAGAAGAAAUAUUAUUGUAAACAUGAAUCUUAAUCACGUGGCACAUGUUCCCAAUUUGCGACAAGUAUUUAGUAUGUAUGCGUGUAUACGUAUGCCAUAGGAUUUUUUUUCUUUGUAUACUUGUCACUAAUGAGGAACUUUCAUUUCUCUUCAUUUCUUUUCUAUUGGCAAAACAAGCUUCUUAAAUUUUCUUUCAAUUCCCUUUAGAAAUUCUUAUAUCGUUCUCUGGCAGAUGUUUUUUUGUCAAUUACCCCACUAAUUUUUGUGAGUUAUCUUCUACCCUGUUGUGCGUCAUUUAUUUGCUAAUUCUCUGCUUUAUUUUCAAUUUUCUAUGUUUUUAGCCUUUGAGAGUCUUCUAACAUUCUAUGGCUCAAACACAUGUAGAGUGUCAGCCUUCUCCGCAGAAAUUAGAUUACUUUCGAAAGUCGUUGAACAUAGGGAAAUAAAGAAGAUGCUUUAAUCUCUUAAUGUACACUAUGUGUUUGCUGAAGCAAUAAUUAUGAUAAAAUAAAUAGAAUAAAUCGAAAUUAGGUGUUGUAAGAAAUUUACUCUUUGUUACUUGGAGAGAAGGAAAAUAUUUUAAUAAUGUAUUUCAUUAAUUGAAUCUAUGUUAUAUCAAUAAUUUUUUUAGCUUUAUACUACUUAAUCAUUAAAAGUAUAUUGAAUGUAAA